AUGGAUGACAACAGCUCUGUUGCUAGCUUCGAAGAGGUUGGCCCCUCUGGUAUAGCUAUUAGGCUAGGUGAUGAUAAGAAUAUUGAGAAACUCAGAGCCCUCGUUGUAAAAUCAGUUGUCAAUGAUGGCGCAGCCACAGAGAUCACCGAGGACAAUGUUCCGGAUAUAUGUUAUGUACUCCAGUACAAGGCACUUGGUGGGAAGCUUGUUAAUUUGCGUCGUAGUCGAGAACCUGUCGAUAUUAACCUGGAUGACAUUGACGGAGGGGGGGCUUCGACAAGAAAGCCUAUCCUCGAGAUCGUAACCGAAGUCACGACCUCCUUUAAGAAGAAUAGACCGCAAGUUAACCAUGUUGGCUUCGACUUUGACAUGGAUGAUGAGUAUUCCUGUCGCCACGCUCGCGAACCAGAGCAUGAUGAAAAUCCAAGGGUGGAUAUUGUCAGAGUUGAAAAGACAUCUAUGAUCAUCAAUUCGAUCCAUCUAAUCAAUGCGCUGAGGGCUGUGGUGGAGUAUUAUCCCAAUACGACCCUCCUCGGAGAUAUUGUUACUAUUAAUGCACCAUAUCACAUGCUUGCCCAUCACCAAGCAGCGCUUGCCCGUUAUAAGAUCAACCAACCAGAGACCCACGAUGAUGAAUAUGUCCUUACAACUGCUAAGCACAUCGAUGUACUACUUGGUUUUCUUGAGAAAACCUUGGGAGCCCAGAUUCAUGAAGAAGAGAAGAGACACAAUAGCAAAGUGCCUCUAGCCACUUUCAACAACCUCUGGCUUAUAUUGAAGCCUGGAGAUGUCGUUUAUGCCAAACGCGACCGUCAGUGGACUCCUUUCAUCAUUUCCAAUGUCAUUGGCGGCUCAUCCGUCAAUGGUGGUAGUAUUCCAUAUACUGUCCAGUGUUGGAAUAUUGCAUAUACCUCGGAAAGAUUCUGCCGUACCAUGCACGCGUUUAAAAUCGACCCUUUCAAUGGAGAAGAAGUUAUUAAAAACCUUCCCGUUAUUCCCGCUCGUUUCUUUCAGGGUGAAAAUGACAAUUUAACUCCCAAGGAAGUUAUGGCCAAGCAAAUUCUACUCGGAAAGAGAGUCUGGGAACUUUCAAAAGGACCAAAUCAUAUGGCUUAUAACGGGCUUCUAGUCGAAAAGGAUCCUGGCUUUGACUGGGAUUAUCCAAGCGCUACAGGUUACUUGGAAAGUCGUGUUAUUGUUGACAAUGUCGGGUUCUCACACUACUCCUUUAAUCAUCCUGAAAGAAAGAACCGUCAGCUACGAACACACAUUCCCCCACAUUGUCUCCAGUCGCCGCCCAAAGACCAACUGCCUUAUUUCGCCCCCAAAUGCACCUGUAGUACUUGUGCUAAAGCAAAUCCAAAGGAUAAUUUGAGCAUAUUUGCUAAAUUCCACGAUCUCGACCCAGCCAGCGACUCACCACCAGAGAUCGACCUCUACUACAUACUCUUGAGUAAGAUUGUGUCAGGAUUCAUACUCCGGGAUCGACGCUGGGGUCACUUCAACGUUGAGAAUCUCCAAUAUGUCGAGUUUGACAAGGAAGCCUUCAAGUAUCUUGUGUUAGAUGACGAGGUAAAGCUUACGGUCCGGUCACUAAUUGGUAGGUUUGCCAGUACCCAUGGUCAGGUCAAUCCAUGGCCAAACGACUUCGUCAAGAACAAGGGUCAAGGCCGGAUCUUCCUCCUCCACGGACCUCCAGGCGUAGGCAAGACUUGUACUGCCGAAUGUGUUGCAGAGCUCACCCGCCGUCCUCUGCUGUCGCUCACGAGUGGUGACCUUAACAUCGACCCUUAUAAUGUAGAGAGGAGCCUCGAUUAUUUUUUGAAACUAGGUGAACGCUACGGUGCCAUCAUAUUGAUUGAUGAAGCCGAUGUGUACCUCGAGGCCCGACACACAUUGGACAUAUCGAGGAACGAGCUAGUUUCAGUCUUCCUACGAGCACUUGAAUACCACCGAGGAGUAUUAUUCCUAACCACAAAUCGAGUACAGACGUUUGAUUCGGCCUUCACGUCACGUAUCCACGUAGCCUUGCACUACAAGCCACUAACGGAUGCUGACCGGGAAAAGAUCUGGCUCAAUAGCUUUGAGCGACUUGAACACGAUAGCAAUGGUAAAGUACAUAUCAGCGUGGCGACGCGCGAGUACGCCUAUGAGAGCAAAGGCGUGCAGAGCCUGCGUUGGAAUGGCCGCGAGAUUCGCAAUGCGCUUCAGACAGCCACCGCGCUUGCGGAGACCGAGGCACUUGAGAAUAAUAAAGAUAGAAUCAUAGUCACUGAAAAGCACCUAAGGGCUGUAGUUAAGAUGAGUCGUGGCUUUAAGAGCUUCCUGCGCCAGCAGAAUAAAAAGCGCAAUGAUGACGUCGAGAAUGAUGAUGGAGAAGAGGAACUCGAGGGCGGCGGAAAAGACCCCGCUGUCCAUGACAACUAG